AUGCGUGUGGCUGUUUACAUUCAUGGUAAAGAUGUCGAUGAAGCAACAAAUUGUCUGAAAAAUGAUUCCAUCAAGGACGUCUACGAAACAUUAAAGACAAGUGCCAUGGUUUCGAAAACGGCUAGUGAUGGCUUAAAAAUUCACAAUAUUCGAUCCUCUGAAUCUUACAUUGCAGGAACUAGUAGUUAUUCAAAUGGGAUUAUUCCCAUGCUUCGUGUAUAUAAUACUGCAUGA